AUGACGUCUAGAAAGCAGGUGCUUACGUCACAGAUGAAUAGUGUUAUUCGAGACGAUCAUCGGUGUUUCACGAUGGGAACUAAUAGUGACAGUAAUAAUUGUCCCCAGACUUCAAGCUCUCUUAGAAGGGAUGAAAAGACGUGUGCUGUUUGUGGAGAUCACGCUUUCGGUUUCAACUUUGGAGCUAUUGCUUGUGAAUCCUGUAAAGCCUUUUUCAGACGCAAUGCCCUUCGUGCUUCCAUGCCUCCUUGCUUGUUCAACGACAGUUGUAUGAUUCAGGUCAAGACGCGCCGUUUCUGCUCUCCAUGUCGUCUCUCCAAAUGUUUUGCUGUAGGAAUGCGAAAAUCUUGCAUAAUGGAUGAGAAAGCCAAGCGAGAGCGAAGAGAGAAGAUUCAGCGUAAUCGCGAGCGAAAAGUCGCCUCCAGUCAAAAGGGCGCAACAAGCGCUGGUGGGGACGGUGGUGGAGGAAGUGGGGGUGGUGUAGUGAUCUCAGCUUCUCCAAUCUGUUACCAUGGCAGUACGGGCUCUCCUAACUCCUCCGAGUAUCAACAUGCUUCUCAUCCCAUGCCCUCAGAUUGUUCCAAUUCGUUCUACUCAAUGAUGCCUACCAGUGCUCCUGUAUCUAAUUGUGGUGCUGAAUCACAUUCUGUCACACUUGAGGGCGAUGUGUCUAUUGGUAGUAACCCUGGAUCUUGGCAAAUGUCCCAAGGCAUGCAUCAAAAUCAAAUGCUUUCUAUGGGUGGUUAUCCCCCCCAUCAUCUCCACAACACUCCUCCCCCAAUGGUCAUGUCUUCCACAUCGUCAGACAUCCACCAACAACAGUCUACUUCAUUCUCCGGUAUGGAAUCGGCUGCCUACUCUCAUGAUCCUACCCAUGACAUCAAUUCCACCGGCGAUUGGCUCCAAAUGAUGGCGUCUGCCAAAUCAGUGGAGGAUACAAAUUCCACUCUGCCCUAUUAUGUCAAGAAAUCUGCCGCCACAGCUAUGGUCUCUCCGAAAAAUCCUCCUUCUAAUAUGAAUGGAGAUUGCAAGUCGGGAGUAAAAAAUGUGUUGGAUGGCCAUGUAUGGACCCUGGAGCCUGAAGAUCCGUCAAAUAAAGAAUGCAUAGCGCUGUGCCCUAGCUUCUUAAAGACUGGAAUGGCGCGCCUCCUGUCGAAACACCAAUGGACGGCUCUGAAUGAUCUUCGCAGCGCCUACGAGACUUCAUUUCUUGACAGCGCAUUCGAUCACGCACCCGAAAGUAGUUCAAAUAUUACUAUUAGCAGCCUUGUCAAUACCUCGGGCUUUCUCGUACGGAAAUUUAUCAACUUCGCCAAAAAGCUUGCCGAUUUCUCUGUGCUCGGACAGGAGGGCCAAAUCUGCUUACUCAAGGGAGUUGUGCUGAAUGCUCUCUUUAUUCGCUCGGCCAGUCAUUAUGAUGUUGUUAAGGAUGUCUGGGUGACUCCCAAGGGUGAAAUACCAACUAGUAUACUGAGGAUUGCUACGGGACUACAGAAUCUUUAUGAGGAGCAUGCUAAAUACUGCAGAAAUUUCGCCGACGUUGUAAGAAAGGACUCACAUUUGGUUGCUCUCAUGCAGGUCCUGUGUCUCUUUGCUCCCGAUCGACCUAGACUUUCCGACCGUCAAUCAGUCUCUAACAUCUACGAUCGCUACAUUCUUCUACUAAAACACUAUCUAGAAGCUCGACAUGGUUUCACCCGUGGUCGUACCCUCUUGGCAGCAGUCUUAACCAAUUUGGCUGAAUUGCAGGCCUUGACGGAUAACUAUGGCCAUAUCCUACUCCACGUUGACCCUAGUAAAGUUGAUCCUCUAGUUCUGGAAGUUUUCAAUCUCUCCGACCGCGGGAAAGGUAGUAGUAAGAAUGAUGAGGGUGAUAUUAAUGUGGAUUCCCCCUUGAUUCCACUUGAUCCCAAUACCUCUUCAAAAAACAAUACAGACCCUACCGAGCACAGGGGUACCACCCGUAAGCACCAUGUACAGUCUCCAUCGAAAAAUUCCACCACCUUUGCUGCUGACCACCCCUCCGGUACUGAUACUGGCAGCCAAUUUCAGGACUUGCCUAUAGAUCACAUACUUUCUGAGUAG